AUGGACGGCCUGGAUACACACGAACGCAUAAAGAAGGCCAAAAAAGAGCCGCAGAAACGAGUAAAGGCACAAAGAAACGCAUUUGGCGAUGCAUCAGAGAUAGGUGCAUUCAGUGGGCCUUGGUGUGGGUUUGUAGGCAUCCAGGAGUGCGGAAACACGCCAAGACAUGCACGUGAGGAGCAAUGCCUCAAGAAAAUAGUCAACAAGCACUGCAUCGUGCAGGGAAAAGAGCGCUCAAGAAGUAUGUAUGCACUGUCAAUCAACGAUCCUGCAUUGAUGCGAACACCAAUGUCCAAGUUCGUCAUUCCGAGCCGCAAUACUGCACUGUUUAAUGAGCACAAGGACAUGGUAACAUCAUGUGUUCUUUUCAAGAAGCACAAGUUGCUUGCUUCGUCAAGCUUCGAUGGAAAGGUAUAUCUGUACAACUUGAGAAGCAAUGAGCUUGUGAAGACAUACAUGGGGCAUAGCAAGGCUUUGUCAUCGGUAGCGCUGUGCACAGACGAAUCUAGAUUUACCACUGUGUCGUUUGAUGGAUUCUUGAAGCGAUGGCAAGUUGAGAAUGGCCGCUGCGACUCAACAAUCGACUUAGGCACUCCUCUCACGUGCCAGAGUCACGAAUCAUCAGGCAAUCUUUGGUUUGCAGCAGGACUAGAUGGAGGAGUCCGGAUUCUCGAUAUCCGUAGCAAAACAGUUGAGAGCCAAAUCAGUGUGCAUAUCGGCAGUGCACCAAACGACAGAUUCAAUCCGUUCUCCAUAUCGGAUCUUGCACUCGAUGAGCAGACAAACACACUGAUGGCUACAACACGAAAUGGGAUGCUGCAUCAGAUCGAUCUCCGGCACUAUAAGCAUUCCACAGUUCAUGCUGGAGAGUAUUCAUUUAUUGAAUUUGACUCAAGCAGAGGCAUGUUCUUGGUAGCCUGCAGCAGCUAUAUAGAUAUAUUCAAUGCACAAUCAUAUACAGGUGCAGGCUGUGCAGAAAAUACAAGCAAGCAGGAUCACACAAAGGCAUGCAUAAGCGUACAGGCAGAUCAGCAAAUGCGAAUAACCAUCACAAACAGAUGCUCAACAGCACCAAAGGCCUCAGAAGACGGCACCUUGGUAUGCUACGGAAGUGAAGAUGGCCUCAUAAACUUUGUUGAAUGCGCUUCGCAUCGAAUCACAUCUGUUGGAGUCAGAGGAGACCCAUGCACUUCGAUAGACUGGAUGGGCGGGAGCAUAUCCAAUGUAGCAUCGGGAAGUCUUCUUGGAAAUGUAAAGAUAUGGGAAUAA